UUUCACGUCACAUUUUUUGCAAGCAGCGCUUGUUCUGGAACCUACUGCAGCGCUAGUAGUGCCGAGUGCAGUUCCGUACGCUCCAACUGCACACGGUACCACACCAACCGCCUUUCAGCUAUUUAACUUUGAAUUUCCUGCCGUUUGGAACAGAAUACUGCGAUUAGUGAUCAAUUGAACGAAGUGAACCGAAAAUUAACGAAAAACUGCGAUGUCUGAUCAAGAAGAAACUGUAGUUGCUUGCUGCGCAAAACCAGCACAAAAAUGUUCUUGCUCUGACUGUAACUGCGCAGCUAUUUCCGAAUGCCAAACUACAGGAGAAUGCUGUUGCAAAGAAGGCACUUGCUGCCCUGAGGGAGACUGCUGUAACGCUGAGGAAACUGACUCAGAAACAGAUGAAAACUCUGCUGAUUGUUGUUCAAAAACAAUCAAGAAAUGUUCUUGCUCAGAUUGCAAAUGUACACCUUCGUCUACAUGCCAAGCAGAUGGUGCAUGUUGCUGUAAAGGAGGUGAAUGUUGCCCCGAAGGUGACUGUUGUGCAACCAAAAAACCUUCCCCUAAGUCAGUAAAAGCAAGCUGUUGCAAGAAAACAAACAGUUGUUCUGCUAAGAAAUGCUGUAUUGUAGUAAACUGCUGUGCAAAGAAAGAUUGCGUUCCCUCUAACAACUGUUGCAGUAAAAAGAACUGUUUCAGUACUGGAACAUGCUGUGCCCCUACAGGAUGCUCUGGAAACACCAAUUGCUGCUCCAAAGGACAAUGUUGUGAUACUAGAAGCUGUUGUCAAAAAAGUAGAUGCUGUAAUACAAGUAACACUCCAUGCUGCGGCAGAAGAAACAAAAACUGUUGUUCUACAAGAAGCUGUUGCAACAGAGGAGCUGUUGCUAGUAUAAUUUCCUGCAAGAACAGUUUCAAUAAUGCCGGAGGAAAUUGCUGUGGAUACCCAUACCUUCCUACAGGUGGUAAUUGCGGUUCUGGAAGAAACUAUGUUAAUCAAAAUUGUUGCAACAAUUUAAGAACAUUCUCAAACAGAAAUUGUUGCUCAGGAAUUCAAUCAAGUAAUGUAAAUCGAUACAACUGUUGCAAUAUUGCUGCAAAUUGUUGCACCGAUAAAAAUACGAUUGGUGGUGGUUGUUGUAGUAACAAAUCUGAUAUUGGAAGUAGCAACAAAUGUUGCAAUAUUGUUACGAAUUGUUGCAACAGUCAAGGAAAAGCUACUGAAACAGCUGGACCCAAGCCCAAUUGUUGUAUUGUUGUUAAUUGUUGUACAGACAGUAACAAGGUUGAUGAGGACUGUUGUAGUAACAAACCUGGCAUUGCAAACACCAGAAAGUGUUGCAAUAUUGUUACAAACUGUUGCAAUAGCCUAGAAAAAGAAACUGAAACAACUGGGACACAACCUAAAUGUUGUAUUAUUGUGAAUUGUUGUACUGGCGAUAAGAAGAUUGGUGCUAAUUGUUGUAACAAAUCAGACAAUGAAGCAAGCAACACAUGUUGCAAUAUUAUUAAGAACUGUUGUAAUAAUGAAGAAAAAAAUGCUGAAACACCUGGGGCAAAACCCAGUUGUUGUAUUAUUGUAAACUGUUGUACAGACAAAAACAAGCUUGGUGCUGACUGUUGCAAUGACAAAUCAGACACUGAAGAAAUCAACAAAUGUUGCAAUAUUGUUAAAAACUGUUGCAAUAGUGAUACAGAAACGCCUGAAGCGAAACCAAAUUGCUGUAUUAUCAUCAAUUGUUGUAAUGACAAUAAAAACGUUGAUGCUGAAGAUGAAGGAAACUGCUGUGUUGAUAUAAAUGGUUCCAAAACAUGUUCUGGAAACAAAAAAUGUUGCAUUGUAGUAAACUGUUGCAAAAAUAACCAGAAUGACAGUGCUGAAGAAGAGAAAUGUUGCGAAACUGAAGACGAAUUCGAAAUUCCUGAUUAAUAAUUUUUAUGUAAUAAUAGAUAUAUUUAAAUUUAUAUAAUAAUUUUAACUCAUAUUAUUUCUUGUAUUCUGGUAUUAUUAUUAUAAUGUAAUAUUUUAAGUGCUAUUAUGGUGUUGGUAAUAUGUUUUAUACAGUAUAACAAAUAAAUAAGUAAAAAAUGAA